AUGUUGGAGAUUGGUGUGGCUUUCUACGAGAUGCUGCAGGCCGUCGACAAGCACUGCCAUCAUCUCAGCUACAUGGACCCAGUCUGUGACUUCCUGUAUCACAUUAAAUACAUAUACACCGGAGACAGUGUGAAAGAACAGGUGGAGAAAAUCAUCAUGACUUUGCGUCCAGCCAUGAAGCUGCGUCUUCACUUCAUCACUCACAGCAGCAUGAUAGAGACUUCCACAUCAGCUGCUAGCAGCGCCUCCACAUCCUCUGCUGCCUCCUCCUCCUCGUGCACCCCUCA